AUGGUUAAAAGGUCAGCUGAGCUGGGUCAGCCGCCAGCAAGUGCUUCUCAUGCGCAAGAGAAUAGACACUUCGAAACCCCUGAAUUGACUGUGAUGUUUAAUGGUGAUGUUCCUCGCUUUUGGGCGAUGAUAUAUGUAGACAGCAACGGAAACAUAGGGGAGACUUUCAAUCUCCCGUCGAGUGUCUUCACAGAGAGAGUAUACCUGGACUUCAAAAAUGCCAGUGAACUAGCUGCAAGAAGAGACCCGCAAUCAUCUCAGAUACCGACAUUGUCAGCCAUGUGUUUCGGGUCCAGCAAGUCAUCGCAACACCCCGGUCAACUGAAGCGCCGCAGAGGUGAGGAGCCACUGGCUGUCGAUUGUAUCAACUAUCUUGUGCCUCUCCAAAUUGGCGAUACGGAAAAAGUGGCAGAUUAUUAUGAAAGUGUCUUCAAGAGGUUACAACAGCUCAUCUGUCGGAUGUUGGCCAAAUCAUUUAUAAAGAUCAUUGAACCUGGUAAGCAGGUCAAAUAUCCAUAUAAUGGUGGCCGAGACUCUAUCUCUGGUAAAAGGGGUGACCCGGAAAUGACAAAACCUGAUUGGUGGCCCCAUGAUGUUAUUCAUAAAGAGCCUGAUCAUCUUACAAAAGGGCCGCGCCUGAGACUUCUUGUUCAUAUUAUCCAGCAACUUGGAUCAAUAGUCACUGCAGAAGACCUAGAGGGAGCUACAAGCGGUGAUAGGAGGCACAUUGACCCUUCGAAGGUUUGGAUGCUGGAUGAACUGUUCCGCGUCCGAAAAUUGGAAGAAUCUUUUGAGCGAAAAGAAGUUGAUUCAAAGACUAUUAUCCGUGUCGUCAACUACGAAGAAUCUGAGGAGAAAGAGGCUAGAUCUGACAGCGACGAUAUGCCAGAGUUCAAAUCAGAGGAUUCAAACCCCUCUUCUAAAAGUCCAUACGUCCAGACAUCGCACAUUUCCCCAGCCGAUAUGCUCCAAAUUCAUCCGAAUCUAACCUUUGGGACUCCAGAGGGACAAGCCCAGUUCCAAUCCCUGCAAUGCGUAGGAACAGGCACCACCCCUAUUCCCAUGGCACCAGUCAUGACAGCGAAUCCUUUUCUGUAUCCAAUAUCUCCAGAGACAAGACAACCCACGAACCACCCAGCACAGCCUUACAUGAACACGCAGAAUUCGUUCUCGGGAUGGUCACAUGUUUCGAUGAGCGACGGCGAACCCGCCGACAGUGUAACACCGUCACUGAGUGGACCGCCAGCACAACCUUUUCAAUUCCGCGCCCAGGAAAUGAGUGCACAUCAAACCCAACCCGGCGACCAUGCUGUCCUUGGAUAUCCGCCUGUUGCCCACCCCAUGCACCAAAUUCCUCACGCUCCACGUCAACGAAUACACCAUUCUCACCCGCGGUCGUACCGAUGUCCUGAUACCAACUGCCAGAAAUUAUUCACCCGCAGCACGACUCUCACUUCCCAUAUAAAACGUUACCAUGGAACAAUCGAGGAAGCUACAGCUUAG